CACCCACGAGACGGACAACUCCUCCCAUCACAUCCCCUCCCAUAUCCCUCGUCUCUUCUCUUCCCUAUCUAUCUCUGUACUUGCUUCUCUUCUCGCUCUCACCCAUCCAUCUCUCUCGGCUGGUUGCGAGCCCCAAUACAUCCUUAUGCACUGUCGAUCCAUCUCCUCCUCCACCUCACCUUAGCAUCAAGCUGCGCCUGUCAUCUUCGCACUUGAUCCUACCAUCCUCCCACAAAGAACUCCCGCCCACACUACCCCGUCUUGCAGCUCAUCCCUCCUUGUCGCAUGCUCUACGAAGUCGAUCCUCAGAUCUGCCAUUCUCCCCCCGCUCCCUCACAUCAAUGGCCUCGUACCCUGUCCACUAUCCCAAUCUCCAUCAUGUUUCCGACCUCGACAGUGCCACCAUCCAAGACCUCCAACUUAUCAUCCAAACCUUUCCCAUCAUUGAUAACCACGCUCAUAACUUGUUGACCGAAGACAAUGCUUUGGGCGGAUCAGAAUACCCAUUUGAAUCCAUUACCUCGGAAGCCCAGGGCCAUGCCUUGUUGGACCAUGUCCAUACCGCACUACCUCAUAUUCGCGGUGUCAAACAGCUCGCCCAAUUCUAUCAAUGCCCAGAAACUCUACAAGAUGUCAAAUCUGCACGCUACGAGUGGAUCCGCAGAGACUAUACCGCCCUGAUCAAGCGAUCUCUCCAAGGAACACAUGCCAUCCUCAUGGACGAUGGACUGUCCCCUGACAUCAUCCACUCCUACAAAUGGCAUCGUCAGUUUGUCCCCACCGUCUCACGCAUCGUGAGGAUCGAAGCCAUCGCCGCCGACCUGCUUGAGCAUCUCGCGCACGCCGCCGGCUUUAUGAGAGUCGGUCUUGACGCUGACUGGCACAUCAGCCAGACAGAAAGCUUCCUCGUUCGCUUCAACACCGUCUUCCGCAACCAGAUCAGGACCUUGGCCAACGACCCCGAUGUCAGAGGCUUCAAGUCCGUCGUUUGCUAUCGAACCGGCCUCGACGUCUCGCUCGACAGCCGCAACAACUUUCGCCCUCAACAAUCUCUGACCGAGUCUGUCCUUCUCAAGUCCUUCCACGACUUUCUCCAGCGUGCAGUUGGCGAUCACAAAUACCGCAUCGAGCAGAAAGAAGUCAACGAUUAUCUCGUCGUCGCCGUUUGCGAUGUCCUCGAAAAGCUCAUCGACACCGACGGCGAGAACGUCCCCUUUCAAUUCCACACCGGUCUGGGCGAUACCGACAUCAACCUGGUCAAGUCCAACCCUGCUUUGAUGCAGCCCCUCAUCGAGGCUUUCCCCAACGUUGACUUCAUCCUUCUCCACUCUGCCUAUCCCUACACUCGAGAGGCUGGCUACCUAGCAACAUCCUACUCCAACGCCUGGCUUGACAUUGGCGAAGUCUUUCCCAUGCUGUCCAGAGACGGAGAAGAAUCCGUCUUGAGACAGGCUCUCGAACUCACCCCGAGCUCCAAAAUCCUCUGGAGUACCGAUGGCCACUUCUACCCCGAGACAUAUUGGCUGGCCAACAAACAAUUCCGUGAGGCGCUCGAGAGACUGUUGACCGUCUACGUCGCGGCCAACGACAUGACCGUCGCCCAAGCCAUUGACCUCGCCGUCGACAUUCUCUUUUGGAACUCCAAUUCCUUGUACAAACUCGACGAAGAACGUCGCUUUCCCGAGUUGUUACACGCCUGUGGACGAGCCUCGGACGAAAGUCUGAGGACCCUCGUCAACGGCGGUUCAAAGACUCCUUCAUUCCGUUCCAAUGUCAGCACCGCCGUCACUGUCGCCGGUCCCUCUGAAUUAAGGCCCUCCGCCUCGCUGUUGCCCCUCCAAGGCACGUCUUCCACCUUGGCCCUCCGACCUGGCAUCAUCACUGGCCCCACAGCAUACUCGACCCAUACUCUCUCUGCCCAGUCCGUCUCCGUCUUCGAUGCCUUUAUGCAGGCCAAUCCCUCCCUCAAGUACGUCUGGCUUCAAUUUCUCGACUACACCGGCACGCUCCGGAAUCGGAUGGUGACCGUCCCUCAAUUCCGCAAACAACUCGCCGCCAACAACCAUUCCUACGUCACCACGGCUCUGACCAGGUUGUUGCAAGACGAUCAAGCCGCGACCGGUUGCUCGAGCACCGGUCAAUUCUUCCUACAGCCUGACUUGUCCACCUUGCGCCUCAACAAAGGCCUCUCCUCCCCAUCCGCCACCGUACAAACCUGGUGGCUGGCAGAUACGAAUCACCCUCCUGCCACAGAACCCUACGACCGAUGUCCGCGUUCCACCUUGCAGUACCAGGCCGACAUCCUGCGCGCCGACUUUUCCAUCAACAUUUUGAUGGGCUUCGAGAUCGAAGUUGUAUUCAUGCGCCCUGUCUACAAUGAGGAUGGCUCUGACUUUGUCGACUUUAAACCCUUGCAUUUGAACCAUUCGUGGACAAAUCUCUCUUUUCAACAACUCGAUGCUCUUCCCAUGGUCGAGGAGAUUGUCGAGAGUCUGGGUGAGCUCGACAUCCACCUCCCCGUCUUCCAUGCCGAAUCUGCUCCAGGACAGUGGGAAUUUGCCCUGCCUCCUGUUGAACCUGUCAAGGCCGUUGACGACCUCUUCAAGGCCAAAGAUGUCAUACGCAACAUCGCCAAGAAGCACGGUCUCAAAGCCACCCUCUACCCACGCCCCUUUGCCGCCACCUGUGGCAGUGCCUGUCACGCCCACUUCAGCAUCAACGGUCCACCGGAAACACUGUCACGCUUUGAAGACUCGUUCCUGGCUGGCGUCCUCGAACAUCUGCCCUCCAUUUUGGCAUUUACCCUCCCCAUAGAAGAAUCCUACGCCCGGAUUGGAGCCGGCAUCUGGGCUGGAGGCGAAUAUGUGUGCUGGGGGAGCCAGAACAAGGAGGUUCCGCUCCGGAAAUGCGGCCCAGGUCACUACGAGCUCAAGACCAUCGAUGGCAUCGGCAACUCGUAUCUCGGCAUGGCGGCCCUCCUCGCGGCGGGUAUUCAUGGCCUGCGCAGCGAGCUCCCGCUCGCCUACAAGGACUGCCUGGGCGAUCCCACGCAAAUGGGACCAGAGGCCAGAGCGGAAUUGGGCAUCACCACGAAACUGCCAGUCUCGCUCGAACUCAGUCUCAAGGCUCUUGAUAGGGACAAGGUGCUCCGGAGAGGGCUCGGCUAUGCCCUGGUCGACGACUACCUGGCCGUUGCUGAGAGUCUGGCGGAGAAAUUGAGAGAAUUUGGGGAUGAGAAGCGUAGAGUGUGGCUCAUGAGUCGAUACUAGCUACAUCCACCCUCCUGUUCCGCCGCUUCAUGCCAAUGCUGGUUCAUUCGCCAGGCGCAUUACGAUAUAUUCACUACUUAGAUAUAUGCAACGACAUUUGUCCUGUUGUCUUUUGUGUCCAUAACAUGGCAUUCUAGUCCGG